AUGGCGCAGGCACUGCUGGUACCACCGGGACCUGACAGCUUCUUCUACUUCACUAGAGAGUCUGUUGCAGCUAUUGAACAACGUAUCGCUGAAGAAAAGGCUAAUCGUCUCAAAGAAGACCAUAAAGAUGAUGAUGUCAAUGAAGAAAAUGGCCCAAAGCCAAAUAGUGACUUGGAAGCAGGAAAGACACUCCCAUUUAUUUAUAGCGACAUACCUCCGGGAAUGGUGUCCGAACCCUUGGAGGACCUGGACCCAUAUUACAUCAAUAAAAAGACUUUUAUAGUAUUGAAUAGAGGGAAGGCAAUCUUCCGAUUCAAUGCCACACCUGCCUUGUACAUUUUAUCUCCUUUCCAUCCUCUUAGAAAAGCAGCUAUCAAGAUUUUGGUUCAUUCAUUAUUCAGCAUACUUAUUAUGUGCACUAUUCUGACUAACUGUGUAUUUAUGACAUUGAAUAAUCCUCCAGAUUGGGCAAAGAAUGUAGAGUACACUUUUACUGGAAUUUAUACAUUUGAAUCCCUUAUAAAAAUUCUUGCAAGAGGCUUCUGUAUAGGUCAUUUUACUUUUCUUCGAGACCCCUGGAACUGGCUUGAUUUUACUGUUAUUACAUUUGCAUAUCUGACAGAAUUUGUGGACCUGGGCAACGUCUCAGCAUUGAGAACAUUCAGAGUUCUCCGAGCAUUGAAAACAAUAUCAGUCAUUCCAGGCUUGAAGACUAUUGUAGGAGCCCUAAUUCAGUCUGUGAAGAAGCUCUCAGAUGUAAUGAUCCUGACUGUGUUUUGUCUGAGUGUAUUUGCACUAAUAGGGCUGCAGUUGUUCAUGGGCAACUUGAGGCAUAAAUGUUUGCUGUGGCCCUUAAAUGUAUCUUCUUCUGAAAAUAGAUUUGCUUCAUUCUUCAUUAAUGACACAGUGUUUGACUGGAAGGCGUACAUUGAAGACGAACGUCAUUUUUAUAGUUUAGCAGGACAAAAAGAUGCCCUGCUUUGUGGUAAUAGCUCCGAUGCAGGUCAAUGUCCAGAAGGAUAUACAUGUAUAAAAGCUGGUAGAAACCCCAACUAUGGCUACACGAGUUUUGACACGUUCAGCUGGGCAUUCUUGUCACUGUUUCGACUGAUGACUCAGGAUUACUGGGAAAACCUUUAUCAACUGACUCUACGUGCUGCUGGCAAAACAUACAUGAUAUUUUUUGUUCUGGUGAUUUUCCUGGGCUCUUUCUAUCUAAUUAACUUGAUCCUGGCUGUUGUUGCCAUGGCCUAUGAAGAACAGAAUCAAGCAACCCUAGAAGAAGCAAAGCAGAAGGAGGCAGAAUUUCAGCAGAUGCUUGAACAGCUGAAAAAGCAACAAGAAGAAGCUCAGGUAUCUGCAAUAGCAGAAGCGGCUGCUGAGUUAAGAGAUUUUGGUGGUGAAGAUAGGAUUUGUGGGCUCUCGGAGAGUUCCUCAGAAGCAUCGAAGUUGAGCUCAAAGAGUGCUAAAGAAAGGAGAAACAGAAGGAAGAAAAGAAGACAGAGAGAGCUUUCUGGAGGAGAGGACAAGUUGGAUGAUGAAAAGCUUCCCAAAUCCGAUUCAGAAGGCAAUAUCAGAAGAAAAGGUUUCCGUUUCUCUUUGGAAGGGAAUAGACUGACAUAUGAAAAGCAUUUCACUUCCCCCCACCAGUCUUUGCUGAGCAUUCGUGACUCCCUGUUUUCCCCAAGGCGCAACAGCAGAACGAGUCUUUUCAGCUUUAGAGGUCGAGUAAAGGAUGUAGGAUCAGAAAAUGACUUUGCUGAUGAUGAACACAGCACUUUUGAAGAUAAUGAUAGCAGAAGAGGUUCUCUUUUUGUGCCACUCAGACAUGAACGGCACAAUAGUAACAUUAGUCAGGGCAGUGGGUCAUCAAGGAGGCUUCCAGUGAACGGGAAGAUGCAUAGUACUGUGGACUGCAAUGGAGUGGUUUCCUUGGUUGGUGGACAAACAUCACUCUUGUCGCCUACUGGACAGCUUCUGCCAGAGGUGAUAAUAGAUAAACCAACUACUGAUGACAAUAGCACCACUUCAGAAAUAGAAACAAAGAAGAGGAGGUCAAGUUCUUAUAAAAUAUCAAUGGAUUUGCUGGAAGAUCCAACUAUAAGGCACAGAGCAAUGAGUAUAGCCAGCAUACUCACAAACACAAUGGAAGAACUUGAAGAAUCCAGGCAGAAAUGCCCACCAUGCUGGUAUAAAUUUGCCAACACUUUCUUGAUCUGGGACUGUUGGGCUCCUUGGUUAAAAGUAAAACAUAUUGUUAGUUUGAUUGUGAUGGAUCCAUUUGUUGAUCUUGCUAUUACCAUCUGCAUUGUUUUAAACACACUGUUUAUGGCCAUGGAAUAUUAUCCAAUGACUAAACACUUCCACAAUGUGCUUUCAGUAGGAAACCUGGUUUUUACCGGGAUCUUCACAGCAGAAAUGGUUCUCAAGUUAAUUGCCCUGGAUCCUUAUUAUUAUUUCCAAGUAGGCUGGAAUAUUUUUGAUGGGUUUAUUGUUACCCUUAGUUUGGUGGAGCUUUUUCUUUCAAAUGUGGAUGGACUAUCAGUUCUCCGAUCAUUCAGAUUGUUGCGAAUUUUCAAGUUGGCAAAAUCUUGGCCCACACUAAACAAGCUGAUAAAGAUUAUUGGUAACUCAGUGGGGGCUUUGGGAAAUUUGACGUUGGUGCUGGCCAUCAUUGUCUUCAUUUUUGCUGUCGUUGGUAUGCAGCUGUUUGGUAAAAGCUACAAGGAAUGUGUCUGCAAGAUCUCCAAUGACUGUGAACUUCCACGCUGGCACAUGCAUGACUUCUUCCACUCUUUCUUGAUUGUAUUCCGAGUACUAUGUGGAGAAUGGAUAGAGACUAUGUGGGACUGUAUGGAGGUUGCCGGCCAAGCCAUGUGCCUUAUCGUUUUCAUGAUGGUCAUGGUGAUUGGAAAUCUAGUGGUACUGAACCUGUUUUUGGCCUUGCUGCUGAGCUCAUUUAGUUCAGACAACCUUGCUGCAACGGAUGACGAUAAUGAAACGAACAAUCUGCAGGUCGCUGUGGCAAGGAUUCAGAGGGGAAUAGAUUAUGUGAAAAGAAAAGCACGUGAAUGUGCCCAAAAAACCUUUGUGAGAGUACAAAAUGAUGUAGAUGAAAUAAAAUCAAUCAGUCAGCUAAACAACAAGGAAGACAACUACACUACCAACCAUACUGUAGCUGAAAUGAAUAGAAAUCUGGAUAAUCGCAAAGAUAAUAAUGGAACCACUGGUGUUGUAGGCAACCGUGAUUAUGCAUCAUUCAUACACAACCCAAGCCUUACUGUGACCGUACCAAUUGCUAUUGGGGAAUCGGAUUUUGAACAUUUAAAUACAGAAGAGUUUAGCAGUGAGUCAGAGCUGGAGGAAAGCAAAGAGAAAUUAAAUAUUUACAGCUCAUCUGAAGGUAGUACAAUUGAUAUAACUUUCCUUGGAGAAGAAAAAGCAGAUAUUGAAUCAGAAGAAGCACUAGAACCAAAGGCCUGUUUUACAGAAGGCUGUGUACGAAAAUUCAAGUUCUGUCAAGUCAGCCUAGAAGAUAAGAAAGGAAAAAUCUGGUGGAAUCUUCGAAAAACCUGCUAUAAGAUAGUAGAACACAACUGGUUUGAAACCUUCAUUGUCUUCAUGAUUCUCCUCAGCAGUGGUGCUCUGGCUUUUGAAGAUAUAUAUAUUGAAAAGCGUAAGGCUAUCAAGACCGUGCUAGAAUAUGCUGAUAAGGUCUUCACUUACAUCUUCAUUCUGGAAAUGGUGCUAAAAUGGGUGGCCUAUGGUUUUCAAACCUAUUUCACUAAUGCCUGGUGCUGGCUGGAUUUCCUGAUUGUUGAUGUUUCUUUGAUUAGCUUAACAGCUAAUGCCUUGGGCUACUCUGAACUUGGUCCAAUUAAAUCACUUCGAACGCUACGAGCUUUGAGACCUUUGAGAGCCUUGUCGCGAUUUGAAGGAAUGAGGGUGGUUGUGAAUGCCCUUUUAGGAGCAAUACCGUCUAUUAUGAACGUACUUCUGGUUUGUCUUAUAUUCUGGCUAAUUUUCAGCAUAAUGGGAGUAAAUUUGUUUGCUGGCAAGUUCUUCUACUGUGUUAACACCACAAGUGGUGACACUUUUUCAAGAGAAAUUGUUAUGAAUAAAACUGAUUGUGAGAUUCUUAUGAACAGCAAUAAAGGAAAAGUCCUGUGGAAAAAUGUGAAAGUAAACUUUGAUAAUGUUGGAGCUGGCUAUCUUUCUCUGCUUCAAAUAGCUACAUUUAAAGGAUGGAUGGAUAUCAUGUAUGCAGCUGUUGAUUCCAUAAAUAUAGACCAGCAGCCCAAGUAUGAAGAAAACCUGUAUAUGUAUCUUUACUUUGUCAUCUUUAUCAUCUUUGGGUCAUUCUUCACUUUGAACCUUUUCAUUGGUGUCAUCAUAGAUAACUUCAACCAACAAAAAAAGAAGUUUGGAGGUCAAGACAUCUUCAUGACAGAAGAACAGAAGAAAUAUUACAACGCAAUGAAAAAGCUGGGAUCCAAGAAACCACAAAAACCUAUACCUAGACCAGCGAACAAAUUCCAAGGUUUGAUGUUUGAUAUUGUAACAAAACAAGCAUUUGAUAUCAGCAUCAUGAUUCUUAUCUGCCUCAACAUGGUCACAAUGAUGAUAGAAACUGAUGACCAGAGUGAUGAGAUGAAACAUAUUUUAUACUGGAUUAACAUGGUCUUUAUUGUCCUUUUCACUGGAGAAUGUGUCCUCAAACUAGUUUCACUCCGUUAUUACUACUUCACCAUAGGCUGGAACAUUUUUGAUUUUGUGGUUGUCAUCCUCUCCAUAGUAGGUAUGUUUCUAGACAAGGUGAUUGAAGAGUAUUUUGUGUCCCCCACUUUGUUCAGAGUUGUCCGACUCGCCAGAAUAGGUCGAAUCCUGCGUCUCAUUAAGGGUGCUAAAGGGAUCCGCACUCUGCUUUUUGCUUUGAUGAUGUCUCUUCCUGCUUUGUUUAACAUUGGUCUCCUGCUUUUCCUGGUCAUGUUUAUCUAUGCUAUAUUUGGAAUGUCCAACUUUGCCUACGUUAAGAGGGAAGCUGGGAUUGAUGACAUGUUCAACUUUGAAACUUUUGGCAACAGCAUGAUCUGCCUAUUUCAAAUUACCACGUCCGGUGGUUGGGAUAUGUUGCUGUCACCAAUUCUUAACAGUGGAGAACCGGACUGUGAUCCCAAUAAACCUCACCCAGGAAGCUCUGUUAAAGGAGACUGUGGUAACCCUUCAGUUGGGAUUUUCUUUUUUGUCAGUUAUAUUAUCAUCUCAUUUCUAGUUGUAGUAAACAUGUAUAUUGCUGUUAUUUUGGAGAACUUCAGUGUUGCUACAGAAGAAAGUGCCGAGCCCUUGAGUGAGGACGACUUUGAGAUGUUCUAUGAGGUUUGGGAAAAGUUUGAUCCAGACGCCACCCAGUUCAUAGAGUUCAGUAAACUGUCUGAUUUUGCAGCUUCACUGGAUCCUCCUCUUCUUUUAGCAAAACCAAACACUCUUCAGCUCAUUGCAAUGGAUCUGCCCAUGGUGAGUGGUGACAGAAUUCACUGCCUUGACAUCUUGUUUGCUUUUACAAAGCGUGUUUUGGGGGACAGUGAUGAGCUGGAUGCACUUCGAAUACAAAUGGAAGACCGGUUUAUGGCAGCCAAUCCUUCUAAAGUCUCCUAUGAACCAAUUACGACCACAUUAAAACGAAAACAAGAGGAAGUGUCCGCUACUGUUAUUCAGCGAGCUUACAGACAUUACCUUUUAAGGCAAACGGUGAAAAAAGUUUCAUUUAUGUAUCGCAAAGAAAAGCAUGGUCUGCCUAUCAAAGAAGAUAUGACUCUGGAUAAGCUAAGUGAAAACUCAGCUGCAGAAAAAACAAAUAGGACCCCCUCCACAACCUCUCCACCUUCCUACAAUAGUGUAACAAAGCCAGACAAAGACAAAUAUGAAAAAGACAAUUCAGAAAAAGAAGACAAAAGUAAGGACACCAGGGAAAGUAAAAAGUAA